UUUUUUUUCCUCUUUAGCUGUCACUGCUCAUCAGCUGCUCUCGCUUCUGCUCACGGCGAACUAGAAACUCAGCUCUCAAUCCAAAACCCUAGCUCUCAAUUUUCAACAAUGAACUGUUCAAUUUCCGGUGAGGUACCGGAAGUGCCAGUAGUGUCAAUGAAAUCCGGACUUAUUUUUGAGAAGCGUUUAAUUGAAAGACACAUCUCGGAUUAUGGUAAAUGUCCAGUCACUGGAGAGCCACUGACAUUGGAUGACAUUAUUCCAGUUAAAACUGGCAAGAUAGUGAAGCCCCGACCUGUGCAGGCCGCCAGUAUUCCUGGGAUGUUGGGAAUGUUUCAGAUAGAGUGGGAUGGUCUGAUGCUAUCCAAUUUUGCAUUGGAACAACAAUUACAUACUGCAAGGCAAGAGCUGAGUCAUGCUCUAUAUCAGCAUGAUGCUGCAUGCCGGGUAAUUGCUAGGCUGAAAAAGGAAAGGGACGAGGCAAGAGCAUUGCUUGCACAGGCUGAAAGACAAGUACCCAUGGAAGCAACUACAACCGCAACUAAUGGUGCUGCUUUAAGCAAUGGGAAAAGAGCUGCGGAGGAGGAGGAGAUGGGUCCUGGUGGUAAGAAAAUUCGCCCAGGAAUAUCAGGCGAUGUUAUUAAAGAGCUUCAAGAUUGUAAUGCUGCUCUUUCACAGCAAAGGAAACGGCGACAGAUUUCUGCAACAUUGGCUCCUGUUGAUGCUGUUGAAAGAUAUACCCAGCUGAAUAGUUAUCCUCUUCAUAAAACAAACAAACCAGGCAUUUUGUCUCUGGAUAUCCAUUAUCCUAAGGACAUCAUUGCUACUGGUGGAGUUGAUUCAAAUGCUGUGGUCUUUGAUCGGCCUUCAGGGCAGAUUGUAUCGACACUAAGUGGUCACUCAAAGAGGGUUAACAGUGUCAGAUUUGCUGCUGAGGGUGAACUAGUAGUUACUGGCUCUGCAGAUAAGACAGUACGUGUGUGGCAAAGCUCUGAAAAUGGAAAUUAUGACUGUAAGCAUACUUUGAAGGAUCACAGUGCUGAGGUGCAAGCUGUCACAGUCCAUGCAACCAAUAAGUACUUUGUGACUGCUUCUCUUGAUGGCACAUGGUGUUUUUAUGAACUUGCUUCUGGUUUAUGCCUUGCUCAGGUAGCAGAUGCUUCAGAAUCUGAGGGCUACACAUCUGCAGCUUUUCAUCCUGAUGGUCUGAUCCUUGGAGCAGGAACUUCGGGGGCUCUGGUCAAGAUAUGGGAUGUAAAAAGCCAGGCAAAUGUUGCAAAAUUUGAUGGCCAUGUUGGAGCAGUAACUGCAAUCUCCUUCUCAGAAAAUGGUUAUUUCUUAGCAACCGCAGCUCAAGAUGGUGUCAAACUUUGGGAUUUACGCAAAUUGAGAAACUUCAGAAGCUUUACUCCUUAUGAUGAAGAUACAGCAACUCAAUCAGUGGAAUUUGACCACAGUGGAAGUUAUCUUGCAUUAGGAGGCUCAGAUAUAAGAGUUCAUCAAGCUGCAAGUGUCAAGUCCGAAUGGAAUCUCAUCAAAACUUUCCCUGACUUGUCAGGCACAGGUAAAGCAACAUGUCUGAAAUUCGGACCAGAUGCGAAAUACAUAGCUGUUGGAUCCAUGGAUCGGAAUUUAAGAAUAUUCGGGCUGCCUGGGGAGGAUCAAUCAGAGAGUUAGGCUCAGUUAGAGGAGUUAAAAGGAGAUAACUAGUCCUACAACUCCUGCUGCGGGGUCGGCACAUUUAUCUUGCAGGGUGAAGAAAGAGGUUGACAGAGAUUUAUUGCUCUUUCAAGUGUAACUUCAGUGGUUUUUUGUUCAAUAUAGUUCCAUUCUAGCAGGGGAAGCAGGGAAAUAUAUUUACCACUAACAUGGUAUAAUAUAGAAGUGUUGUAAAACAAUUCUUGAAUAGUGAUAUAUAAUUCAUUCAUAUGUAUCCGCUAUCCAUUUUCCAUUAAAAAACAAGACGUGCUCAGGAAAAUUAGAACUUGCUUAAAGUGCCCAAUUCGGACUCAGAUUUUGGACUUAGAUUUUGAAUACAA